UAUUCCUCCCUCUUUCUAUUUCUCUCACUUUCCCUCUUUCAGUUUCUCUCUCUAAAAUCCUCUCUCUGUUGUAAUUCUCAAGGAUUCAGAGGGUAGGGGCCUGUUUGGGAGAUUCGAUUGAAGCGGCGAUCCUUUUUUUAUUUUUUCUAUUUCUUUUUUCUUUUUAGAUUUCUGGGUAUUUCUUGAUUUUGUUUUUCAUCCUUUAUUUUUUUGCCUUUGGGAAAUCUCUUCUUUUCUGAGUUCUUCUCAUUUCUAUCCCUGUAUCUCUUCUUCUCUCCCAAUAUAAUGUUCCAGAUUUUCGAGAGAAGGUUGUGAUUUGAUAGAAUUCUGAUCUGUAAAAGAAUGGAGGGUGAUACAUUUUCGGGGCUUGGGAGUAGUCCACAGAUUGAUAGCAAGAUUUUACAAACAUUUCAGAAGAAUUUCGUUCAAGUUCAAAACAUAUUGGAUCAAAACAAGCUGCUUAUUAGUGAGAUAAACCAGAAUCACGAGUCAAAAAUCCCGGACAAUCUUAACAGAAAUGUGGGUCUGAUCAGAGAAUUAAACAACAAUAUCAGGAGGGUUGUUGACUUAUAUGCUGAUCUAUCAUGUUCAUUCACCAGAUCCAUGGAAGUUUCUUCAGAAGGUGAUUCAAGUGGCGCUUUGAAAUCAGAUGGAAAAGCAGGUCAGAAGAGAAAUAGGGCUGCUUAAAUCAACAAAAAUUCAUCUUCUCCAUUCUUUGGCAUGGUGGGAGAGGAGGAGGAGGAAGAACAAACAUAUUUUCUCAUCUCUGUCAAAAACAAAAAGGCUAGUAUAUCAAAUAGAUUCUCUGUAACUUUCUUGUAUGAUUUAGCUAUCUAGUUUUUACUUAGUUCUUGAUCAUCGUCGUCGUCAUUAUCGUCAUUAUCAUCCCUCUCCUGCAUUGCUUAGAGAAAAUAAUUGUCCUGAUUCUGUAUUUAAUUGCUUUUCUGCCUAACUGUGGAUCUACUUGACAAAAUUAAGCAUCAAAUUCUCAUCUGA